AUGGAGAACAUCACGGGCCCAUGGGAUGGUAGGUGCAAAGGGCUGAUACUCCCCAUCUUCCCGUGGGAGUACGAGUGGGACAGCAACUUCCGCGCCUUCCUCUACCUCGUCGGAAUGCUCUGGUGCUUCAUCGGGAUCUCGGUACUGAGCGACUCCUUCAUGAGCGGCAUCGACACCAUCACCAACUCCACGUACCGCAAGAGGGUGGCGAGGAGGACUCCCGAAGGAGAGGUUGUCUUCGACGAGCAAGACAUUCCCAUCUGGAACCCAGCCGUGGCCAACCUGACGCUCAUGGCCCUGGGGUCCUCGACCCCCGAGAUCCUCCUUGCUUUGAUCGAGCUGCUGGGACGAGACUUCUUCUCUGGUGACCUAGGCCCUGGAACCGUUCUGGGCUCAGCAUCGUUCAACCUCUACAUCAUCACGGGGCUUUGCAUGCUGGUGAUCCCUGAGAAUGAGAUCCGCAAGGUGAAGGGAGUGUCCGUCUUUCUGCUAACCUCCUUUCACUCCCUCUUCGCCUACAUCUGGCUCUAUAUCGUGCUCGUGGUGAACACCAAGGACGUGAUCGAUCUCUGGGAGGCGGUGGUCACCCUUGCGCUCAUGCCGUUCCUCGUCGCUCUCGUCUACCUCGCUGACCGGCACGCGUCGUCGUCGCAAGUGCUCCCCGAAAGCGAGGACGGAGGUGCGAACCAUGACCCGUCUCAGCUCGAGCACGAUGGCAAGCAGGAUGACGCGGGGUCGGCGAUGGAAGUAACUCCACAGGAGGAGGAAGGGAUUGAAGCCGAGGGGCCUCGCCUGAGAGAGUUCAACAAGAGCCGCGCGAUCGAGGCGAUCACUCACGCGAAGCAAUCAAGGUACGCCUCCUCCCCUCCAUGGAGCCCAGGUCGCUCUUCUUCACCGUCAAACUCUACGAGGAGCACGAGGGACUGGUCGCAGCAGUUCGUGCAGGCGCUCAACGUGAACGGGGGGGACGAGAGUUACGACCCGGGUCUGCUCGAGUGCGUCAUGCACUUUCUGUCCAUCGGCUGGAAGCUUCUGGCCGCCUGCAUCCCCCCUGGGAGGAUCUGGGGAGGAUGGGCCUGCUUCUGGGUAGCGCUCUCCAUGAUCGGGCUAGUGACGGCCCUGGUCGGGGACAUGGCGACUGUGUUCGGGUGCCUGGUCGGCUUGCAUGACGCCAUCACCGCCAUCACCAUCGUCGCCCUCGGCACCUCUCUGCCCGACACCUUCGCCUCCAUGAUCGCCAUCCGCAUGGACUCCACGGCCGACAACGCGUUGGGUAACGUGACUGGCAGCAACUCGGUCAACGUCUUCCUGGGCCUCGGCCUCCCGUGGUGGCACUCCCUCUACGGGAGCACGUGGGACCUGUACGAGCAGUACAGCACGUCAGGGGCGUUUGUGGUUCAGUCGGGAGCCCUCGGUUUCAACGUCCUCAUUUUCUCGAUCCUCACAGCCGCCGCCUUCGUCAUCAUCGCCAUCAGACGCCUGACGCUGGGAACCGAACUGGGAGGCCCGAGAUGGCUGAGCAGAUUGUGCGCAAGCGUCUUCUUCUCACUCUGGGUGAUCUACAUCGUGGUAUGCAGUCUACAGGUCUACCACCCCAACGACUUCAUAAACCUCUGAUCAGCCUUCGCCAAUGGGCAUCGAAGGAGACGGAGGAAGAGAACGCGGCGUGCGGCAAGGAGGGCCAAGUUUUGACCUUGGGCGUGCAAGUUUUGUACAGAUGAUUCAUUGAAGAAGGUUUCACUCCU